AUGGUGAAAGUCGAAAAAGGUCCUGGCUUUGGUGGUCCGAAAGGCGUUCCAGCUCUUGUUCCGUCAAGAAGUGGUUCGACACAGAAUAUGGCAGCAAAUAUACGAGUGGUCGUCAGGGUGCGGCCCUUGAACGAUAAAGAAAAGGAACAAAACAAUCGUAUUGUGGUAGAUGUUGUGGAUGAUAAAAUGUUGGUAUUUGACCCCAAGGAACAAAUGCGACCUUUCUUCUAUCAAGGAGUCCAACAACCUAAUAAAAACUUUUUAAAACGUGCGAAUAAAGAGCUGAAAUUUGUUUUCGAUAACGUGUGUGGCCAAAAUUCGACUAAUCGUGACGUAUUCGAAAUAGCCACUAAAGACAUGUUAAAUUCCUUGAUGGAGGGCUAUAACUGUUCUGUGUUUGUGUACGGGGCCACCGGCGCGGGAAAGACUUUUACUAUGAUUGGUAAUAAAGAGAACCCUGGCAUAACUUAUUUGACUAUGGAACAUCUUUUCUAUACUAUCAAUUCGUUUGAAAAAGAUAGAGAGUUUGAUAUCGGCGUCUCUUAUAUAGAAGUUUAUAACGAGAAUGUAUAUGACUUGCUGAAGCCAUCAAGUACUCCGCUGCAAUUGAGGGAAGAUUCAAAGUAUGGAGUGAUGGUCGCUGGGCUUACACUGAACAACAUUAAGACAGCUAGAGAGUUAUUGAAUAUGCUUGAGAAUGGAAAUAAAAAAAGAACGCAACAUCCUACCGAUGCAAAUGCUGAAAGCUCUAGAAGCCAUGCAGUCUUUCAGGUGUAUGUGACUAUGAGAUAUAAAACCAGCAGUCAACUGAGACUCGUCAAGCUUUCAAUGAUUGAUUUAGCUGGUAGUGAACGUGCUUCGGCCACAGGCUGCGUCGGAGAGAGAUUCAAAGAAGGGGCAAACAUCAACAAGAGUUUACUAUCGCUCGGGAACUGUAUCAAUAAGCUAGCAGACGGCAGUAGCUAUAUACCCUACAGGGACUCCAAACUAACGCGUCUCCUUAAGGACAGUCUCGGUGGAAAUUGUAAGACUGUUAUGAUAGCAAAUGUAUCGCCAUCCAGUACAAGCUAUGAAGAUACGUACAAUACAUUGAAAUAUGCGGCUCGGGCUAAUAAAAUACAGUUAAGCAUCAAGAAGAAUAUAGUCGAUGGUCAGAUGAGGUUGUCACAAUAUGUUAAGAUUGUUGAGGAGUUGAAAAAGAAGGUCAAGGAAUUGGAAGCGAAACUGACCUUAACCAGUGUUAAGAACGUAAAGGUCGAGCCAGGAGUAGAUAAAUCCAAAGUCCAGGAAUGUCGUUCUCGCCUCAGCUCCGCCGUGAGUGCACACUCGUCUCUCCAGUCACACUUAUUGUCCCUCAUGUCCCAGGCUCGAGUCCUGGCUCUCCGGAGAAGGAUGCAGUCAAGAGCCGCGCGACGUGUGGAAGGAUUCGCGCAUCGCUCCUCCAACGACACUAUGCAUCAGAUAUGCACAGAAGAUAUACCGAGAGAAGAGCGAGCCGCUGAGAAUUUUGUGAAACAAUCUGUCUCUUUGGAUACCAAAAUACAGAACGCCUGGACGAAGUGGAACGAGAGCCAGAACAAAAUAAACGCUAUGUUCGAAGACGCCGUCACCAACUACCCGGAGUUGAGUGACUUUGUGAAGUAUCUACAGACUGAGAUCAAACUACAGCACUCCAACAUAAAGAGCGACCUGAGAUACAAACUACUGGCCAUCGAGGCUAAGGAGAAUAACUUUAACACGAAAUAUAUGAGCAACAUGCCGCAUAUGAUCAAGAAGUUGUAUCUCACGCUGAAGGGAUACGACAAAGCGCCGCCCGCGCUCACCGCUGAGUACUUGGACAUCAUGAAGAAAGCUAAAUCCGCCAAAGGAAUCUCUUGGUCGGGUGAUGAAAAUACCGAUCCGCACUUCAGAUUCGUAUCCAAUCUAGAUUUAGACAAACCUACGACUAUAUUGGACUAUAUGGAGGACAAAGACGACCUUAACUCAAGUGUCGACGCAACUGACUGUGAAGAUAGCACGGAUGUUGAAAACGUUGAGCCGAAACGUAAAGGAACGCCCAUAAAACUGGUCAACAACGAAACUAUACUCAUCAAUGACUCGUUCGACAGCUUGGACGUCACUAAGAACUUGAAUUCAGCGAAGAAAAUCAAGCGGGAGGUCAAUCCGGUUAUAGAUUUGGAGAACUAUGCUCCACUAGACGCCAACGAUUUGAAUUCUACGUUCGUUUUGGCUGGCAAACAAGAAGCGUGGCAGACUACGGCUGGCAAAAGUGAAAAGGAGGAGCCGCCCGCGAAGAAGGGACUGUUCGAUAGAACUAACACUAUACAGAGAUCUAUCGUGUUUAAUGAUAAUAGAGCCAAAACAGCAAAGCCGGUAGUUGGUAAAGCUCUUCGUGUCGUCAGAACGGGUUUUGGUUCGAGCGUGGCGAGAGAUGGCAGACCUCUGGAACGACAGAUAAAUAUACAAGAUGCAUCAAAAAGGGGCGUUGUAAAAGAAAGAUCAGUUGGUUUUAAAGCUGUUCGAGCAAGAGACAGAGUCAACUCGCAUCCCUACACCAGACCAAACAACAAUGGAAGGAAGUAA